UGCUGAAACCACACACACGCGCGCACACUCUCUGAUCGCGAGGCGGAGACGCAGAGACAUGCUGAGCUCUCUCUGCUCAUCAUAAACCUUCUACAGGAGCUCAUCUCAAAGGCGUCAAACAUGCUGCACCUCCUGGAGACCUCCACAACAAGCAAACUCUUCCUCGUUUCUUCUACAAACCUCUUCUUCGUCCUCCUCUUCCUGGGUUCCUCUGGUGUUUCCGGAGCGUCUUUCAGAGACACAAAACUGUGGGGGAGUGAAUCCGGCUCCCAGAGAGGAAAUGCCCACACGGCUCCUAACGUGGACAUGAUAAAAGCUUUGGAGUACAUCGAGAGCCUCCGUCAGAGAACAGGCACAGACUCGCAGCAGCAGCAGCAGCAGCAGCAGCAGCAGCAGCAGCAGCAGCAGCACGGCGCUCUCGCUGCAGGUUACGACCCCAGCGACAUGGAUGAUGCAGAGGAGCUGCGGGCCAUGCUGAGACUAGCUUCCAACCCCAUGCAGAGUAAAGAUGACGAGGAGGAGGAGGAGGAGGAGGAGGAGGAAGGUGACGAGGGCAGGGAGGACAAGAGUGCAGAGCUCCUGCAGGCCGUGCUCAGCACACUCCAGCAGGCGGAAAAGGCCUCAAAGCCACUUUCACUUCGCCCCAGCGCAGACGAAGAAGACACGAGAGACAACUCGCACCGCAGAGGACAACAGAAGCAGCACGGCAUCCCCCUCCACAAGAAGCUGCCCCUGAUGUUUGAGGACGAGGAGGAGGGUGAGGAAGAGGAGGGUGAGGCGCCAGGUUUGAGGCACUUGAAACGCACCAACGAGAACGUGGAGGAGAAGUACACGCCCCAGAAUCUCGCCACGCUGCAGUCUGUGUUUGACGAACUGGACAAGAUGACGAGGUCAAAGGUCAUGCACAAGCGCCAAGACGAUGAUGAGGAGGAAGAGGGCGAUGAUGAUGAUGAUGAUGAUGAUGAUGAUGGUGUGUUUAAUGUGAGGAAUGUGGCGUACGAUGACGUGGGCAGAGAUCUGGCGCUGGACUGGAGUCUGCUGCAGGAACAGGACGAGGACAACAAAGAGGACGAGGACGACAAACACGACGUCGACCGAGAGCUCGAUUAUGUUGACGACAACGAUGAAGAUGUGGAUGAGGAUGAUGAAGGGGAGGAGGAUGAGAAUUAUCCAGUCAAGAGGUCAAAGGUUCCAGAUGAUGAUGCCAACCUGGUGGACUAUUACCUGCUGAAAGUGCUGGAGAAAACAGAGGAGGAGGAGCAGAAGCGAGAGCUAGAGGUGGAGGAAGAGGAGGAGCAGGAGAGGGCUGAGAGGAGAGCGGCGGCUCAGACUCUGUACAGAGAUGACAUCUUUCCCCGAACCAUCUACGAGUUCAUUCAGAUCUCCCAAAAAUACAAGAUUCCUCCUGAAGACCUGAUGGACAUGUUGAAAAGUGGACGAACGACGUAUCAAGCCCCGUCACAACAGAUCAGCAAAUUAUCCAGAGUGCAAAACAAGCUCUCCCAGAUCAAGAAGAUGCACGCGCUUCCUGAGGCGAGGUUCUCCAGCAGACGUCUGCCGGUCAGCAGGAAAUCCCCAGAGCAGCUGAGGACGGAGGCAAUCCUCAGAGUCCUGGGGUUGGACGGCACAGAGGAGCGCGCUCCUGUCAGGAAACAGCAGCAGUCACGACUUCACGCUCAGCCUGCCCGGCGUUUGGGGGAAUCAGCUCCCACACAAAGACGCUUCCCCGGCACGUUAAAGGACAACGGCGACGACACCAUGGACGAGGAUGAGCUGGCGGCGUAUCUGACAGCACAGAUGCCAGCACAGUUCCUGAAGCCCACGUACAAGGCGGCGGUGGCGAGCCAAAAGCGUGACGACGGCGGGGAGAGCGUGACGGGCUCUUUUGAGCAGAACAUACAGGAUUAUUUUGAUCAUGGGGACUCAGAGAAAAGCCCCGAGGAAAAGAGACAAUCUGAGGACGAGGACAGGAGCGCUGGCUUUGAGAACGAGGCGGUGAUCAAACUGCUGAGCUUCCUAAACCCAGAGACAACUGAGGAAACUGAUACUGAUGCCAAAACUGUCCAGAAAUAAGGCUUAGUAAAAGAGUAUAUAUACGUAUAUAUAUAUAUACACACACACACACACAUAUGUGUGUGUGUGUGUGUAUAUAUGACGUAAACAUGUCAAAUUAAGUUAUCAGUAGAUUUACAAAAUAUUUUAUUAGCAAAAAUGUGAGUGACAGUCAUCAUUCAUUUAAUGCUUUGUUUGUUUUUCAAAUCAAACAAACUUAAGAACAGAACAUGUGACUCACCAGCCUUACAUCCCAACACACACACACACACACACACGAAUCAGUGUUGCAUUCCUUCAAUUCACUUGUGUUGUUUCUUCUUCUUCUUCUUGUUUUUCAGUGAAUCUUUCUUAAAUGUGGUCAUACAGUAUGUGACAUACCUGAGGUUAAUAAAGCAUUGACUUUAUUUUUC